CCUGUCAGUCAGUCAAGUCUUUGAUUCUUAUUUACAGAAUGAACAAAAGCUUGCUGCCCGUUAAUGUCCUCGCUUUAAAAAGUCGGCGUGGUAAUUGCCUCCAAAACACAUCACUUCACUGCAGACCCAAACCUUCAUUCCUGUGGACUUAAUGAGUGUUUUGGAUGAUGCGGUUAGAGCGAUUAAAGAGGGGCGAUUCUCUCACACUUGCCUGUGGCCGGGUCAUAUUCGCUCUGCUGACAGCUCUGACUCCUUUCAUGUUGACAGUCGGUGCUUGAACAGCCUGGAAGUGAAACCCGAGGAUUGUAUUUUGCUCAAAACACAGCGCGAGCACCAGAGGUAUCGAUUCCCACAGAGGUCGGUGUCAUUUUGACGUCGUCCUUAAACCCCCAAAAUACAGGCUGACUGACAGAUACGCACACUCAGAGCACCAUUAAACCCACUUAUCGCCCCUUCACGAUCCCCUGAAUCCAUAUCAAGACUCCAAACCCAGCAGGUGCCGGUCGGAGCUUUGGCAUGGCGGCGCCGUGGAUAAUGCUGAUGCCAGGCAGAGACCUCCAGCCCGCCCCAGUAAAGCCCCCUUGCCAACAUGGCGCGGCCUGCGCAGCCACGCCGGAGGAGUUGGAGGCGCUUCAUUCCCACACAUUCCGGGUGAAGACGUUCAAGAAGGCGAAGCACUGCAGCGCCUGUAAACAGACCAUCGUCCAGGACGGACUCAUCUGCCGAGUGUGCCGGAUAGCCUGCCACAAGAAAUGCGAAGUCAAGGUGUCUUCAUCUUGUGUUCCAGCGACCAACUAUGAGCUGGCGCCGAGCAGCGAGCUGCCUCUCAAACAUGUAGACACCAUGGGCUCAACAAAAUCUUCAAAGAGCGUGGAGUCACGGCGCAGACCGUCCAGGAGCGCGAGUCUGCUGCAGGCCCUGGAGGAGAGCUACGAGCUGGACCUGAUCUACAUCACCGAGAGGAUCAUCUCCGUCUCCUUCCCCAGCAGCGUGGAGGAGCAGAGCUACGCCGCCAACCUGCGGGAGGUCGCCUCCAUGCUGCGCUCCAAACACGGACACAACUAUCUGCUCUUCAACCUCAGUGAGAAGCGCUAUGACAUCAGCCAGCUUAACCCGAAGGUGUUGGACUUUGGCUGGCCCGACCACCACGCUCCGGCCCUGGACAAGAUCUGCAGCAUCUGCAAGGCCAUGGACACGUGGCUGAGCGCGGACUCCCACAACGUGGUGGUCAUCCACAACAAGGGCAACCGAGGCAGAACCGGCGUGGUGGUGGCUGCCUACAUGCAUUACAGCAACAUCUCUGCCAGCGCUGAUCAGGCUCUGGACCGGUUCGCCAUGAAGCGCUUCUAUGAAGACAAAGUGCUUCCUGUGGGACAGCCGUCUCAGAAAAGGUAUGUGGAGUACUUCAGCGGCCUGCUCUCCGGACACAUCAAGAUCAACAACAAGCCGCUGUUCCUCCACCACGUCAUCAUGCACGGCAUCCCCAACUUCGAAUCCAAAGGAGGUUGUCGUCCUUUUCUCAAGAUCUACCAGGCCAUGCAGCCCGUGUACACAUCUGGGAUCUAUAAUGUUCAAGGUGACAGCCAGACGAGCAUCUGCAUCACCAUCGAACCUGGACUUCUUCUGAAGGGGGACAUUCUGCUAAAGUGCUACCACAAGCGCUACCGCAGCCCGUGCCGAGACGUGAUAUUCAGGGUGCAGUUCCACACCUGCGCCGUUCACGACCUCGGGAUCGUGUUCGGGAAGGACGAGCUCGAUGAGACGUUCAAAGACGAAAGGUUUCCAGAAUAUGGAAAGGUGGAGUUUAUUUUCUCCUUUGGACCUGAGAAGAUACAUGGUCAAGGUGUGGACCACCUGGAGAACGGGCCGAGCGUCUCCGUCGACUACAACACGCAGGACUCUCUGAUCCGCUGGGACUCCUACGAGAACUUCAAUCAGACCUGCGAGGACACCACAGACGAAGUCAUCCAUACUGAAGGACCCCUGGACGGAAGCCUCUACGCCAAGGUUCGCAAAAAGGAGUCCGUUGAGGGAACAGUCACAGCGAACGGCCUCCCUCCCACUGCUGUUGAACAUGCCCUCCCUGUGGUUGAUCAUGCCUUGUCAGUGAGCAGUGACUCAGGAAACUCCACUGCCUCCAUCAAAACUGACCGAACUGAUGACGCGGCAGCAGCCCCUCAGGCUUCCACAGUGAGCCAGACACACGUUCCUGCAGGUGAGGAGCUACCCUCGGUUCAUCAUCAAGCCCCACCUGUACAACAGCCAAUCAGUCCCCAGGAGAAACAGGAGCUGGAGCAGCUGCUGAGUGGAUUGGAGGGGCCCAUGCAUCGACAGGGCUACCUGUCCACCCCAACCUCCACUGUUGGAGGCAUGCUUCACUUGGUGCCUGCGCAGGUCCAUGUCAAUGGGCACAGUAGCAUCGACCGUGAGACAGACAUUUUAGAUGAUGAACUGCCCACCAGUCAAGAGGGCAACAGUGUGGACAGUUUGGGGACGUUCUCCUCCACAGAGGGUCGGGCUACACCAGCCGAUAUUUACUACCAGUCUGAGUCAAUUAUCAAUGGCCAGGACCAUGUGCCGUAUCUCGAGCGCAGCGCCCCAGAAAAGCCUCUGGAAUCCGUCCAGCUACAGGUCGGCGUACCGAACAAACCUGUCAAAUUGUCCCAAAGUGAUUCAGCCCCGUCCUCGGGUAAUUACAUGGCAACGCAGAAUGGCAAUUUGUACCACUCUCACUCAUUUGGUGCAGAGCCAAACUCUCUGCCACAAGCUCCCGCGCGCACCACCAGUAGCAGGGAUGCCGUCCAGCGUGGUCUCAAUGUUUGGCAGCAGUUCGGUGUCCCCGAGGAGCCAGUGACUGAAGGCCUCACUUUUAGUCCACCUCCCUCUGUAGCAGUGAUUCCCAGUCACCACAGCCUCCCACAGUUUCCUCAUCGCCACAGCGCCUCCCAGCAAGAAAUUGAGCAAUCUAUUGAAACCCUCAAUCUUCUCAUGAUGGACCUGGAGCCAGGCCGUUCGCUGGUGCCAAAGUCCCAAAGUGCUCCACCGCGGGAAAACAGUGCCGUAGUGACCACCCAGCCGUCCUUCUCCCAGAGCCAAACCAGGCCCUCCUACCAGGCAGACACUGCCAUUCAUACCCACUUUUCUGGCCCCAAGUCCAGCCUGGCCAGCCACUCGUCGCCACCUCAGAUGUCACCCGGGAAACCUAGUACGCCAGAGCCUACUGCUGUCCAGGGAUCUCUGAGUCACUCAUCUGAAAUGGCCGGACCUGGUCCUUUCCCACAAGCAACCCCCUCUGUAGCUGGUCACAUCCAGGUGAAGCCCAUCAACACAUACCCACCAAGUGCAUUGGCGCAGUUUGCAGAGGCCCCUGAGUCCCAGGGACGCCCGAGUGCUGCCUCAGCAUCACCCCAGCCAAGAGAAAGCGAGCCAGAUGAAGUCUUCAACGUUGAAGGUCUGGUGGCCCAAAGAGUGGCGGAAUACUCGGCUCGUGUCCAAAGUGUCAUCCCCAGCAUGACCUCUUCUCAGUCUGAGCACCGCCGUUCUCACUCCCUCUCGGGUGUCCAGGCCCGGACAGUGUCCUUGGAUGAUCCUGCAACAUUGCCCCGCCGUCGCAACGUCAGCGAGGGCCAAUACCAGAACGGUCCUGAUGACGGUCCCUCUCCUGAUGUCCCGGUUCGCUCCCCGAUCCGCUGUGUCUCUCCGGAGUUUGUCAACGCCAUAGCGAUGAACCCAGGAGGACGACCAAAGGAGAGACACAUGCACAGCUACCGCGAGGCCUUCGAGGAGAUGGACGGUGGCCCCGUCAGUCCUACACCCACAGUUGGUGGUGAGGUGUUUCCCCAAACCCCUGCCUUCCCAAUCUCGCCGCAAACCCCUUACUUCAACCUGUGUCGGUCCCCUCCUGGUCUUGCCAAGACUCCAUUGUCAGCCCUGGGUUUGAAGCCCCACAACCCAGCAGAAAUCCUCCUCAAUCAAACAGGCUCAGCAGGACCAAGAAGCUACGUUGAGUCUGUGGCGAGGUCGGCAGUGACGAGUGGAGAUCAGCCCACGUCACCUCGGAGCCUUAGCCCACCAGGAGAGACGACAGGCCAGCAGAGAAGUCAAAGUCCAUCCUCCCACACACUGAACCCACCUUUGUCCAGCAGCAGCCCCAUCCAGAGCUCACAGGGUGAUCACCCCUUAGCAGAGAGCAGCGUCAGCACUCCGUCCCAACCCACUACUGAUUCAGGCUUCCGUUCCCAGGUUACAGAGAGUGCCUACCUGACUCCAACCCCGUCAUAUCAAGCCCUGAACACCCCCACUUCUUCCUACCUGGAUUCCAGCUCUCCGACCUCUUCUUACCUUGGCACUACUACCCCUACACAGUCCUACCUUGGCCCCAACACCCUACAGGGGGCCUACGUGACCUCAGAUCCCAGCCCACCCACCUCAGAACCCCGCCAGAUAACGCUCAGCCACGGAAGUCCCCUUGCACAGCACCGGACCAACAUCCUUAGCCACCCAACCCAUGGCCACCCCACCCACAACUCCAUCCUCCAGCAGCGCCCAAGUGCUAAUCAGGAUGCAUCCAUCAUUGUGGGUCAGCAAGCAUCACCAGUUAAUGGCUUUGAGGUGGGUACGGUAGGCCUGAGUGGCAGUCCAAUCCUUGGGCAUCGUCCGUCUCAAGGGGCUCAGAGCAGCCCAGUCCUCAGCAGACAGGCCUCAUUGGGACAGGGGUCUCAACGGAGCCCAGUCCUCAGCAGACAGCCAUCCCUGGGCCAGCCCAUGCAGAGCAGCCCCGUGCUCAGCCGACAGCCGUCUGUCACACACCCCCAAGGAAGUCCAGUUUUGGGCCGUCACCCAUCAGUAUCGCAGGUGUCCCAGAGAAGCCCUAGCUUGGACCGCCACCCAAUGCACAGUGGUUACAACACCCCAGAUGAGAGACAUGGGAACCUGUCACGACAGAGCAGCUCCUCGGGCUACCAGGGACCACCCACUCCCUCGUUCCCCAUCUCGCCUGCAGGAUUCCAGGAUGGCGGGAUGAUGGGCAUGGGUGUAGGGUUCCGGCAGGGUAGUCCAGCCCCUGGUUUCCAGCCCCAGCUUCCAGAGAAGAGGCGCAUGUCGAGUGGCGAUAGACCAAAUGGAGCACUGUCCUAUGGCACACUGAAUGGGAAGAUAAUGUCCCCAGCGAGUGGAGGAAGCACUCCCAGCUACUUCCACACCCUCUCUGACUUCUCGAGGUUCAAUAUGCCCGAUGGAAGCCCAGAGAGCAGGCUGAAUGUCAAGUUUGUCCAGGACACGUCCAAGUUCUGGUACAAGCCAGAAAUUUCCAGGGAGCAAGCUAUCAGCCUGCUGAGAGAGAGGGAGCCUGGAGCCUUUGUUAUCCGGGACAGUCACUCGUUCAGGGGGGCUUACGGCCUGGCCAUGAAGGUGGCCUCUCCUCCACCCACAGUGCAUCAGAGCAAGAAAGGUGACCUCACCAACGAGCUGGUGAGGCACUUCCUGAUUGAGAGCAGCCCCAAAGGAGUGAAGCUGAAGGGCUGUCCCAACGAGCCUUACUUCGGCUGUCUGUCUGCCCUGGUCUACCAACAUGCCAUCACACCACUGGCCCUACCCUGCAAACUACUCAUCCCAACAACAGAUCUCAUCGAGGAAGUUCCAGAAGUCGCGACGACAAAUCCUGCGGCUGACCGUCUGAAACAAGGAGCAGUGCAGAGGGCCCCUGCUGAUUCCCAUGCAUGCAACGUGCUCUACAUCAACUCGGUGGAGAUGGAGUCCCUGACAGGCCCGCAGGCGGUCGCCAAGGCCAUUUCUGAGACACUGGCUGCUGCUCCUCCUCCUACUGCCACCGUCGUGCACUUCAAGGUGUCCUCGCAGGGCAUCACGCUGACUGACAACCAGAGGAAGCUUUUCUUCCGACGCCACUAUCCCAACAACACUGUCACGUUCUGCGAUAUCGACCCUCAGGACAGAAAGUGGAACAAGCCUGAGGGAGGCACAGCCAAGCUGUUUGGGUUCGUUGCGCGUAAGCAGGGAAGCACAACCGACAACGUCAGCCACCUCUUCGCCGAGCUGGACCCCGACCAGCCCGCCAACGCCAUCGUCAGCUUCGUCUUGAAGAUGAUCGCGGCGCAGAAACGAUGAGCGCUGACCGCGAAACGCCUGGCGCUUUUUAUAAGGCCUUUGGUUAUUUCUCUUUCCUUUUUUAACCACAGACACUUACUUUCUCAUUUUUGGACAAUUUAGCAUUUGGUUUUUACGCGUCACCUUAUUUUUUUCCUGCUCUUUUACUCGUGUGUCUGUGUGUUUUUUUGUUUGUUUUUUUGGCGAAUGAAAGAGAAACAAAGUGUGUGUGGUGUGAUUGUGUGUGUGUGUGUGUGUGCUGCUUGCUUGCAUGUGCUUUUCUUUCUUGGACGGACUCCAGAACGGACCAGAGGAAGUGCAGGAUGGGGGCGUGGCUGUGUGUGACAAUGGGACGGGAGGGCGAGUCGGACCUCCCGCGGCAGGGUAACACGUGAACGGGACGAGGGAAUGACAUUGUGUGUGUGCAAAUGUUAUUUUUAAAAAAAAAGCGUUUCGUUUCAUUUUUAUUUUUUUAAAAAAGAAGAAGUCAAGUCGUGUGAUGUAAAGUGGGUUGUAAAUCUAUCAGGCUUUUUGACUGGUCAACCAAAGAUUUUAAAAAAGUAGUCAGGGCGUGUAUAGCGUGCCACUGUCGGAGGGUCGGAAGUGUUCUUUUGUAAAACAAAUAUGGCUGCUUAAUCAAAAAUACUGAACUGUUUCUCUCUGUAUGUACUGAUACUGUAGGUCAACUCUGCACCGCUGCCGUCCUGCCAGCGAUUGUCUUUCGGACAUUUCGUCGCAGCCCGGCGAGGUUCUGUGUAAAUAUUCUAGGUUGCUUUCUGAGUAGGACUGUUCUAGAUGACAUUUGGUGCCUGACUUUCUUUUUGUAAUGCAGAGCUUUUUAAGAAAAGAAAAAAAAGAAAAGAAAAGAAAAGAAGAACAUAAAACUCUUCCAGGCUGUCUUAAAUAUGCAAAAAUAGCCAAACUUGGAAAAAAGAGAGAAGGAAAAAAAAAAAAAAAGUUUGUUCUCCAAAAUUCCCACAGGUUCCCCGUCUGAUGCAGUAGUGUCGCUAACAAUGCAACAGAUGUGCAGCUAGAGUCUGACAGGUGUUUUUUGUCUUUUUUUUUCAUCUACAUUAUCCACGUGAGCGCAGGAGAGCAUCAGUAAGACAGCUACUGAAUCGCCGCAUCCAUGCGAGUAUCAGCUUCCCGUCUGCAAACACAUAGCCGCAUUAAUUCUGCUGAUCGGUGAAGGGCCUCGAGUCGAGUUGUGUUUUUGCGAGGACGAUCUUUUUUUUUUUUUGAAAAAGUUUCCAUCAGUAGAAAAAAAAAGAAGCUCUUUUUUGCGUCAGCCGGCCAAAACUGUUAACACUCACACCCUACCCAAAAGUAAGCUAUACAUAUAAAUAUACAUAUAUAGAUAAAUAUAUAUAUAUAUAUAUAUAUAAAAAAAAAACUUCCAAACAGUGACUUAAGAUAUUUAUUUUUUUUUGCUUUGUUGCUCUAUGUUAUCUUGUAUACAUGUAUUAUAAAGUAUACAUCAAGAUUACUGAAAGCGAGAAGAAAAGAUUGCUUUUUAUUUUGGCUAAAGUCAAAAACAGUGCGUUUGACAUAUAUAAAGGUGUAAAGUGUGUGCAUUUAAAAAAAAAGUGUAUCACUGUUGUUUUUGAAUGUUUUGUUUUUCACAGCAUUUACUUCCUUUUUUUUAAUUUUAACAUUCUUGUUGUCUUGGGGAGGCUUCGUUUGUUUUUGUUUUUUUGUUUUUUUUUUUUUUAAAAAGGGGGGAAAUAUUUUGUAUGCAAGAUUGUUGUUACUAAAGUCCAAAAUUUGAGUUAUCCUAUGCCAACACAAUUGUUUUUAUUAACUUAAAAAACCUGCCUAGAAAAAUAAAAAGACAUUGUCCAAGUUUAGCACUUAAAUGUUGAAGUAUUAUCAGCGUGUCUCUGCGUGGCGUUGGACGUCGACCCGUUUCGUGUCAUCGUCACGGAGGCGGACCGAGCUGCGUCCCGAGCUCGUUCAUGGGAAGACUAGUCGGUUCAGUCAGUAGCUGCUGCCCUCGUGUGGUGUAGAGAGAUCAUUACAAAAGGAACCACUUCUUAUUCUAAUACAGUGUUUUAGCUGUGAUCAUGGCACGUCAAACUGAGUUCACUAAUUUGAUUUUUAAUGUUAAUUCACAUGCUGAUUUUCUUAGCAGACGGGAUCUCGACUCUCUUUAAGCCUGACGCUCUCGGCUCAGUGGCAGCAUGAUGUAAACUAAUUAAAUAAUAAGGGGUAGUUUUUUGGGGGGAGGGGGGCUACAUCGACUCUAGUGUACUUCUUUAAAAAAAAAAAAAAAAUAGAAAAAUA